AUGCAGAGCGACUACUUUGGCGCGGCUACGGCCGAGCCAGAGAAUGGUCGCAUCCGCUCAAGGCCAGAUUCACCCACGCCAUCCGGUCCCGCACGCAAGGUGCAAAAGCGCAACUCGACGGCCUCGAACGCAUCCAACGAGGACAGCAAGGACGACGAUGAUGGCGCUGUAGCUGAUGCUUCCAUCGACGGCGCUGGUGGUUCCAUGCCAAAUGGGCCCCCUUUCAUUUGUCCCACUUGCUCCACCAGCUAUUCCAGACUCGAAUACCUCAGGCGCCACGAAAGGAGACACGCCGACAUUCGUCCUUUCGUUUGCGACUGCGGCAAGGGCUUCUCGCGAAGUGAUGUGUUGUCUCGUCACAGGCGACAAUGCCGAGUCGUUCUGCAGCAAGAUGGCACAGCCGAUGGCGAAAAGCCCGCCGAAGGCGAAGCGCAGCCCAAAGCCACCAAACCCCGUCGAUCCUCCACCACUGCCAAGCCAGGCAGGCCCAAGGGCUCCACAAAAGCGGCCAAGGCGGCCGCUGCUGCCGCCAACGGCAACGGCGACUCGAUGGCCACUGCAGAGGGCUCCUCCUUCGCUGGUGCAAACGGUACAGCCUCGGGCGCAGACGGACAAGCACCGCCUCCUCCUGCUCCUCACUCCGACCAGCUCACGCACGAUGCCAUCGCAGUCGCCGCCGCCGCUGCUGCCGCUGCGGCUGCAGCGGGUCACCAUCCUGUCGGUUCGUCAGCCCAGGAGCAAGACGCUUCCGCCAUGAUCGACCCUGCGAUCGCCGCCGACUCUCAGGCCCAGGCCGCCACCACCGUGGCCGCGAUGAGCUCCGUAGCCGCUUACCAUUACGCAAACUCCAUGGACCCUCCGGAUUUUCAAAUGGGGAGGGGAGCACUUAACCCGUACGCUUCGACUCCCUUCCCGCUUCCGGUUCACUCGGCGGUAGCAGCAGCUCUCCACUCUCAUCAGCUCUACCCACCCUCCAGUCCCGAGUCGAACCAGCCGAGAAGCGAGCACGGCAGCCCACGCUACGCCAGUCAAUCUCUUGCCCGCCAUGGAAGCAACUCUGGCGCCGCCCGCUACACUGCCAUGAGGCAGCAGGCGGGUGCCUACGAUCAGUACGGAGCCAGACAGGCCCCAACCUUUGCCAACCCUGCCGAUGCUGCGAUAUGGGAGGGACUUGACACAGCGAAAUUGCCAUCUCCUGGCCACGCUGCUGCCACCACGCCAGGCUCCGCUGCACGUGCCACCGCCAGCAUGCUCGCUUCGCUUGGUUUCCCCGUCACCUCGCCCUUGAGCCAUCUCGCCGACCGCUCGCGCACAGGAUCUCUCAUGGGAUCCGAUGCCAGCUAUUUCCGCUCCACGGCUCCUGGUCUCUCUGGCGGUGUCGGCACUGGUUCUUCUUCCAGUCUGGCUGGAUACGGCUCCAACAGCGGCAACAGUCCAGCCUUCUCCUUCGGCACAUCCGCAUCGUCUGCCGAUACAGGCGCCACGUCGUCGAAUCAAUCGGCUUCGAAUGCGACGGCUGCGACCAGCACAUCGCAAGGUCAAGAGGCGUCGGGAGCGACAACACCAAAGGAGCCUAUGCGCUUCUCGGUGUCCACGCUUGGGCCACUCUCGCCGUUCUCCAAUACUGCGCUCAACUCGUCCAUGUCGCCGUACCUGUCGGCUUUCUCCAACGCCCGCGACACACCGCUCGUCUCGAGUCCUCGGUCGCAAAUACCGACCACGCCAGGAGGCGGACUCUCUUCGCUGGACUUGGGUGGUCAGUGGACGGGCAUGCGACCGGCCUCGCGCAGCGUCAGUCGGCACAACAGCUUGCAGGGAAUUCAACUUCCCUUCCAGAGCACAUCGCCACAGUCAGAGGGAAUCACAGCCGCAGGCAAGCUUAGCAAGAGCGCUUCGAGCGACAAGCUGAGCCUCUCGUACAAGGCUGACACAGCGGACGACAAUGACAGCAAGUCCGCAGCUGCCUCCGCUGCUGCCACAUCAGCGGCAGUCGCGACCUCAGCAGCGACCGCGUCCACCACAUCGGCGACGUCGGCGGCGGCGUCCAUACCGUCGACGGAGGCUGCCACGACGCGAAGCGCGGGCACGAUCACGACCUCUGCCCCCGUGCCGAUCAGCACCGACGGUCUCGAUACGCCGAGCCGGUUUGUCAAGAACGAGUCGCAGCAGUAUUUUGAUGGAGGGGCUCUCACGCCAGGACCCGAAGCCUUCCUUUUGAGGCUUCAGGGUGGCGUACAGGAGUUGAGAGCCGGAAUCCAUGGAAGCGAAAUCUCCUUUCUGAACGGCACAGCCAUGGCGCUCAGUUCAGCACCGCUCGGUGCAUCCCAGUUCUCCACCCCAAACUGGGAUCACUCGAUGUUUUCCAACCCAAGUGCCGGCGGCAUCGCUGUCGCGGCAGCCAACAGCGGCACACCUGGCUCGCAAUUGAGCGCGUUGGGUUGGCUCAUGAGCCCCAGCAUCCAGCAUCUGCUGAAUGCCUUCACCACAACGGCAGGAUCGGGCACUGUCGACACCACCGACAAAUCCGACUAUUUCAAUUCGAAGAUGGUCACCGCACCAGACGCGGCGGUCCUUGACUCGAUAAGUCUUGAUAUGCUGCCCAGUCCCUUGGAAAAGGCGCUGACGGACGCCAAGAACCCAUUUUUCAUUCCACCGGAUAUGUUCCGACCAUGCUACUCGAUCUUGCACUGGAGUCUGCCGCCGAUCACACGUUUGAGCAUGCUGGCGCUGCAUGCUCAGCAGAACCUGCUCAAGCACUUUCCCGUCAUCCACGAGCCAACAUUCCGCAUCGACACGACGCCGGGAUGCGUUGCAUUUGCCAUGUGUAUGCUCGGCGGACACGAGGCAGGCCGCAAAUGGUGGGCGGGCGAAGAGGUCAUUCCCAAGUCGGCCAUCCACAUCAUCAACAGUCACAGCGCUCCCGAGCCCGUCAACGAUCUCACCCGUCUGAUGGACAAGGGAACAAGUCGCUACAUCGACGAAGAAGAUGGACAGGAGCUGGUCAAGCCCAUCGUGAUGAGCGAAAAGACCGAGAUGCUGAUGCGGGCGUUUGCGAGCCGAUGCAAGAGCGUCAAGGACAAGUGCUCGGUGGUGCAGGCGCUGAUGCUCUUCCAGAGCAACAACUUCCUCAGCAGCGAUGCCACCACACGAAUGGUGGCUGGUGUGUCGCACGGCACCGUGGUGACGCUGGCUCGGCAGGCGGGCUUCUUUGAUCCUGACGCUGAACACGCUCAGCGCGAAGUCUCCUACACAGCCGAAGAUGUGACUCAGCAAGUGCUGUUCGAAUCGGUCGACACCUGCUUUUCGUACUCCUUCCUGCCCUGUUUCGAUGACGACAAUGCGGACGAGGACAAGGUGUGGCGGCGAUGGGCUGAGCUCGAAGGUCGCCGGAGGAGCGCCUUCAUCAUCUAUACGAUGGACACCGUGGCUAACCUCGAUGCGGCCGUGCCGACGCUGCUGGCCACCAAGGAGGUCUCGCAUCUGCCGCUGCCAACGCCAGACUAUGUCUGGCGUGCACCCACCGCAGCGAGCUGGAACAAGGCGCUAGCAAAACACAAAAAGGGCAUCACGCUCGACGAAGCUCUGCAGCAGCUGCUCUCUCCUGACGCAGGAUCGCCUGCGACCUUCGGGGCGACGGGCUUGCCUUCGCUGCAUGGCUCGCUGGGGCCUUUCGCUCGUUUGGUGAUGGUGUUGGCACUGCUGCGUGGCAUCAUCGAGAUGCUCGAGGGUCGAGCCACGCGCGUCGCCAGGCCAUCGUCGCUGAGCAGGUGGAUGAAGUUGGCCGGGAUCCAGAGCAACGGCACGGCGCCGAACGGUGAUGCCGCGGUCCUGCUGUACAAGAAGGCGCUGGCACGCUGGCGCAAGGCAUGGGAUCAAGAUCCGACAUGCCGCUUUGCGUCAGUCAAGAAGUCCAAAGGCGACGCCGACAUGGACACUUCGGACGACCUCCCAGUCGGUGCAGGCAAGUACGACUGGCCUGAGGAGCUGCAGCAGACCUUGUUCACACCUCUGACUGCUUCAGGAGCGACGCCGUUGGCCAACGACGCUCUGCCGUUGUAUUGGCUGGCUCAUGUGCUGGUGACGCACGCUGCUUCGAACCAUCGUCUGCCUCUGCGCAGCGUCGAGGGGAGGAUGGGGGCACCAGGCAGGAACGGUGGGUACACCGUGGUCAGCGGUGGGCCCGACAUGCCAGACUUCCGAGCCAUGUUGCGCUUCGCCAAGAACUUCGUCACUCGCGGCGAGAAGUGA